AUGUCCCCCAUCCUCAACCUCCGCAUCCUAGCCACCUCUCUGCCGCACUCCCUGCGCGCUCUCAGCAUUAUCACCUUCGCUCCAGCCUUCCUCCUCCUCCUCCUCCUCCUCCUCCUCCUCCUCAUCUGCGGCAUCGUCUCCGCCCGCGUGAACCCCGCCAUCUCCAUCCUCCCCCUCUUCUUCUCCGCGCUUUACUCGGCCAUCCUCCUCGCAAAUGAGAAAAUACGCGGCUGCCAGGCCGCCGGCCUCACUGGCAGCCCACUGCACAUGAUGUGCGACAUGUUGUGCGGGAUGCCGCUGCUCGUGUGUUUGAUUUUUGGAUGGGUGAACAUGGGCAGGUGGCACUACGAGGCUGCGGCCAUUAUCCUGGGGACGUAUGGGACGAUUUUCUUGCUGUUUAAUCUUGGCGUGUAUGCAUACUUCGUUGUGAAGCAGGUCCUCGAUGCUUUCACGCCGGGUGCACAGUACCCUAGCAAUUGUCCGCAGUGCCAGCACAUGGCGUUCCCGCAGAUCAGUGUCAAGAUUUGGAGCGAAAGGCAUGAGUACGACCCAUUGUUGGAUGGGGAAGAGCGGCCGGCGGCGGACGUGGAUGCGGAGGAUGCAGUCUAA